GUUCCUGGCGAUGAGGACAAGGUAUCUGGUGGUGACGACAAGGUUCCUGCCGGUGAGGACAAGGUUCCUGCCGGUGAGGACAAGGUUCCUCGCGAUGAGGACAAGGUUCCUGUCGGUGCGGACAAGGUUCCUGGCGAUGAGGACAAAGUUCCUGGCGGUGAGGACAAGGUUCAUGGCGGUGAAGACAACGUUCCUGGUGGUGAGGACAAGGUUCCUGGUGGUGAGGACAAGGUUCUUGGCG